CAAAUUCACAGUCAUCAAAUUUAGAAAUAAAUAUUAUAUCUGCAAUAUCGUAUGUAAUCGAUUUACCAGAUUUAGUUUUAAGUAUAAUUGAAAAACUUUCACAGGACCAAUUUCGUCAACCACAAUAUUUAAAAAUAUGGGAUGUAUUAUUGGACAUAACAAUAAUUAUGGAUAAUAAUAAGUUGAGUUUUGGAGUAUUUUUAUUAAAACUUAUGAGAUAUAAUAAAGGACCUAAAUUUGACAAGAAGCCACGAGUUCUUCAACCUGAUGGUCAAUUAUCACCACUUCUACCUGAUCAACAGGCCUAUGAGAU